CUGCUCCUGGCUGAGAACCGCGCGUCAUGCUCAUACUCUCCUGAUAGUUUUCGUUAGGUUUGAGGAUUACACGUUGCUCUUCUGCAGGAUGGAUAGUUUCCUCAUACAACUCUGGUUGGUUUUCUCAAAAAUAUGUUACCACUGAGCUCACUACAAUGUUGACUCUUGUGUUUCUCUAAGUUAAUAUUGAGAGGAGACGAUGUUUUGAUCUGGCGAGACAUCAUUUCACUAAACCGUCACGCUCUGGAAAUGUUUAUCAAGGCGCAAUAUUUGUAUGUAAUGUCUCACGACUUUAAAUGUGGACUGUUUCACAUAAAUCUACGUUCAACAGUGUAUAGGCUAUUUCCUACUGUGUCCGGUUCUAAUUAAAAGUUAAAAAAAGAGGUGUGUGUGUGUGCGUGUGUGUGUGCGUGUGUGUGUUAUGGACCAUGUAAACAUGAUCCUACUCAGUACCAACCGCACAUUAACAAAUGCAAGAAAAAUUAACACGACAGAAAAAAGCAAAGCAAAGCCUGACAAUAAAUGAUAUGCAAUAAUAAGUGUGCCAGUAGUUUGUGUGUGUGUGCGCGCGCGUGCUGGUCAGGGUCUGCAGAGCCAAUCAGCUGCCCAUGCAGAUGACGUGCUGAUGUCAUACGUCAGCCCCGCCGCUUGUCAGGAUCAGAGCUCCACACACACCGGCAACAAACACAUACACACACUCCCUCUCCGAGCCGGACAGCACAGCCCCUGGCCCGGCAGCCCGGCAGCGGAGGACACAUCCAGGCUUCCAGGCGCCCCGCAGCCCGCUGUGACAGUGGACCUAACGUCGCCUUACUUUGUGGACAUGGGAGACAUGGGGGAUCCGCCGAAAAAGAAGCGGCUGGUGUCUCUGUGCGUGGGCUGCGGGAACCAGAUCCACGACCAGUACAUCCUGCGGGUCUCUCCGGACCUGGAGUGGCACGCCGCCUGUCUCAAAUGUGCCGAAUGCAGCCAGUACCUAGACGAGUCCUGCACGUGCUUCGUCAGGGACGGAAAGACUUACUGUAAACGGGACUAUAUCAGGUUAUACGGGAUUAAAUGCGCUAAAUGCAACAUCGGCUUCAGUAAGAACGACUUCGUGAUGAGGGCCCGCUCCAAGGUCUACCACAUCGAGUGUUUCCGCUGCGUGGCCUGUAGCCGGCAGCUCAUCCCGGGUGAUGAGUUCGCUCUGCGGGAGGACGGGCUUUUCUGUCGGGCGGACCACGACGUGGUGGAGCGGGCGAGCCUGGGCCCUGGAGACCCGCUCAGUCCACUGCACCCCGCCAGACCGCUGCAGAUGGCAGCAGAACCAAUCUCGGCCCGACAGCCUGCGCUGCGGCCUCACGUUCACAAACAGCCAGAGAAGACCACCCGGGUCCGGACGGUGUUAAAUGAAAAGCAACUUCACACGCUGCGGACUUGCUACAACGCCAACCCGAGGCCCGAUGCCCUUAUGAAGGAGCAGUUGGUGGAGAUGACCAGCCUCAGCCCGCGAGUCAUCCGGGUCUGGUUCCAGAACAAGCGCUGCAAGGACAAGAAGAGGUCCAUCCUGAUGAAGCAGCUGCAGCAGCAGCAGCCCAACGACAAGACGAACAUCCAGGGCAUGACGGGCACCCCGAUGGUGGCAGCCAGUCCGGAGCGGCACGACGGCGGCAUCCAGGCCAACCCGGUGGAGGUGCAGAGCUACCAGCCGCCAUGGAAGGUCCUCAGUGACUUCGCCCUGCAGAGUGACAUCGACCAGCCGGCCUUCCAACAACUGGUCAGUUUCUCGGAGGGAGGACCGGGUUCGAACUCGACGGGCAGUGAGGUAGCGUCCAUGUCAUCUCAGCUUCCAGACACGCCGAACAGCAUGGUGUCCAGCCCCAUCGAGGCCUGAGCAGACCCCGCAUGGACGGACUGAGUUGAACACACAGCCCCUGCUCAUCCCAUCCCCCCGACUGCACCUAACAACCCCCUGGUUGUAUUUUGACACUGUGAAGACAAUCAUGGGAUUUUACCAUAGCCACCUAUAUAAUGUCCUGGAUGGGCAGUAUGUCCAUGUCCAUCCAUGCGUCGUCAUGGCCGGUGCUGCCCGCUCUCACGCCUGGUUACAAUUGCCAAACCGAGAAGACAUGAACACGACUCCAUCGGUAAAUGGGACCUCUGAGUAUAGGAGAGACGUAUACUUGCAAAAUGCUGUGCGCUACUCUGAACAGAAAACAAUGACUGGUGAUUUUUUUAAUCCAUAAACGCACUUCAUCGUAUAAUAGACCGUUUGAAGGGGAACAGCACUGCUUUUCUUCAUUUAAUUACACGAUUUCCUACAUGACCCAAGUACUAAAGCAUUUGCAACAAGGUAUACCUCUAUUUUGCCACAAGCUUCGUGGGACAUUUGUGUGAGUUAGUGUCUGUCCGAGAUUUUUUUUUUUUCUUUCCCAAAGAUGUGUAAAUUAAUAAUAAGUUAAAAAUACCGUUAGCUCUGGAAGAAAAUGUUUCAUUUGUUCCCGUGCAACAAAAAUUAUUUAUUAUUUAUUGUUGACAAUUUUGCCACCUUUUGUGUA